UGGGGCGCCCGAUUGCUCAGAAACCUCCAGGAUCGUUGCUUCGAGGCAGCACCCAGGAAUUGUUAGGGGGCCACUCAUAACCUGAAAGCAGCCUGUACUCCUGUAGCCAAACCAUGCUUUUGAGUGGCCUGAAGCAGUUGAGAUUUCAGCUGCGAACACUAGAGCCCACUUUGACUCCGGGCAAUUGGCUGUGGUCAGUGUGCAGCAGAAGCAGCAGCAGCGGGCUCCCCUUCCAAGAAGGGGAAGGGAAAGCAUCUUCCUUUUCAGACGCAAGAUGGAAAGACACAGCAGAGACAGUAAUCAUUGGAGGUGGCUGUGUUGGUGUGAGCCUAGCUUAUCAUCUGGCCAAAGCUGGGAUGAAGGAUGUUGUGCUUUUGGAAGCAUCUGAACUCACUGCUGGAUCUACAUGGCAUGCAGCAGGUUUAACAACUUAUUUUCAUCCUGGAAUAAACUUGAAGAAAAUACAUUAUUAUAGUAUCAAGCUUUAUGAAAAACUGGAAGAAGAAACUGGGCAGGUUUUAGCUGGACUUUAUAAUCCUGGAGAUGGUCACAUCGAUCCUUAUUCUCUCACUAUGGCUCUGGCUGCUGGGGCCCGGAAGUAUGGUGCUCUUCUAAAAUUUCCAGCUCGAGUGACUAACCUAAAACCCAGAUCAGAUGGGACAUGGGAAGUUGAAACCCAACAGGGAUCAGUCCGAGCUAAUAGAAUUGUGAAUGCCACAGGAUUCUGGGCUCGUGAAGUAGGCAAAAUGAUUGGACUAGAACAUCCUGUUAUUCCGGUUCAUCAUCAAUAUAUUGUCACAGCAACGAUACCUGAAGUGAAAGCUUUAAAAAAAGAACUCCCAGUUAUUCGAGACCUGGAAGGAUCAUUUUACCUGCGACAGGAAAGAGACGGGAUUUUAUUUGGUCCAUAUGAAAAUCAGGAGAAAAUGAAGAUCCAAGAUUCCUGGGUGACCAAUGGCGUGCCACCAGGUUUUGGAAAGGAACUUUUUGAGUCUGAUUUAGACAGAAUCAUGGAAUAUGUGGAAAAUGCCAUGGAUAUGGUCCCAGUCUUGAGAAAGGCUGAUAUCAUCAAUAUCGUUUCUGGUCCUAUCACCUAUACUCCUGACAUUCUGCCCAUGGUGGGACCACAUCAAGGUGUUAGAAAUUACUGGGUGGCCAUUGGUUUUGGAUAUGGCAUCAUCCAUGCUGGUGGCAUAGGGAAAUAUCUCAGUGAUUGGAUCCUUGGUGGAGAACCUCCUUUUGACCUAAUUGAAGUGGAUCCCAAUCGUUAUGGAAAAUGGACAACAACUCAGUAUACAGAGGUCAAAGCAAGAGAGUCUUAUGGAUUCAACAAUAAUGUGGGCUACCCUAAAGAAGAAAGAUUUGCUGGGAGACCUACUAAAAGAAUCAGCGGGAUUUAUAAUAUCCUUAAUUCUAAAUGUUCCAUGGGCUUCCAUGCAGGAUGGGAGCAGCCACAUUGGUUUUACAAGCCUGGACAUGAACCUGGAUAUAAGCCAAGCUUCCGACGGACAAACUGGUUCCAGCCUGUGGGCUUAGAGUAUCAACAAGUUAUGCAAAAAGUUGGGGUGAUUGACCUAUCACCAUUUGGCAAGUUUAAGGUCAGAGGCAAAGAUUCUCUUAAACUGUUGGAUCGUCUCAUUGCAAAUGUCAUUCCAAAGGUGGGUUUUACAAAUAUAAGUCACAUGUUAACCCCAAGGGGCCGAGUUUAUGCUGAAUUGACUGUCAGUCAGCAAUCUCCAGGAGAGUUCUUAUUGGUAACUGGUUCUGGGUCUGAGCUUCAUGACCUGAGAUGGAUUGAAGAAGAGAUUGCGAAAGGUGAAUAUAAUGUGGAGAUUGAAAAUAUUACAGAUAAGCUUGGAGUCCUUGGAGUUGCAGGACCCUCAGCAAGAAAAGUCCUUCAAAAACUGACCUCUGCUGAUCUUAGCAAUGAUGCAUUCAAAUUCCUCCAAUCUAAGCCUUUAACAAUUUCUAACAUUCCUGUUACUGCUAUUAGGAUAUCCUAUACAGGUGAACUGGGCUGGGAGCUCUACCACAGACAAGAAGAUUCUGCCACUCUCUAUGGAGCAAUCAUGGAAGCAGGCCAGGAGGAAGGAAUUGACAAUUUCGGAACUUAUGCAAUGAAUGCUUUAAGAAUGGAAAAAGCUUUCAGGGCCUGGGGGUCAGAGAUGAAUUGUGAUACAAAUCCUCUGGAAGCUGGGCUAGACCAUUUUAUAAAGUUAAAUAAGCCAGCAGACUUCAUAGGAAAGCAGGCACUGAGACUGAUGAAAGAGAAGGGGCUGAAACGGAGAUUGGUCUACCUCACCUUGGAGACAGAUCAUGUGGAUCCAGAGGGAAAUGAAAGCAUCUGGCAUGAUGGCAAGGUUGUUGGCAACACUACUUCUGGAAGUUACAGCUAUAGCAUCCAGAAGAGUCUGGCUUUUGCUUAUGUCCCCAUGGAGCUUAGUAAAGUGGGACAGAGACUGGAAGUCGAACUCCUGGGCAAAAAUUACCCAGCAACCAUCAUUCAAGAACCACUGGUUUUAACUGAGCCAACUAGAACCCGGCUACAGAAAAAGCCUGGGAAAAGCUAAAUCUGAAAGAAAAGGAGGGGAAAAUGACCUUAAUAGUUUUACAACUGCUUUGCAAAUUGUGCAACUAUGUGACUGUUCUCAGAAUUAUGAAUCACUGUAGUUCUCCUGAGGAAUUUUUCCCCCUCAAAUUCCACUAAUGUAUCAACUUCUAAAUCAACCAAAUCCAGAUUUAAGUCCAUUCUAAAACUCUUUCCCUUAUUCUCUGGCUGUUUUCUAAAUUUAAGGCAGAAUUUCAAAUAGAUGAUUUAUGUUGUUCUUUCAAACCAAAAAUUUACUGACAAUUUAUUUCUUAAAUAUUUUAUCAUAUAGUAUUAAAUCAGCAAAAAGAUCCCAAGAAGCUGUUUUUUCCCCAACAUGUAAUCAUCAUAACUGUUAGAAGACAAGUGGUUUUCUAAACAUGUAUUUUUUUUUGUUCACAAAUCAAUGAGAGAAUAGUUCUGUUCAUGUCUCAUAAAAACAAGCAAGAGCAUUCAUUGCCUUGUUAGAUACUCUUUACUAGACAAUCUCAAAUUGUCAAUUCAAAUUCAAAAUAAGCAAUUGUAGAAAAUAUUCAAAUAAGCAAUUGUAGAAAAUGCUCACAGUAGAAAUAAUCUUAAAGCUUAACUAGUUUAGUACUUGACUAGUUUAAUGACAAGUCUUUUCAAAUUUAAAGAAUAUUAGAUGUUUUCACAACAUCUGCCUUGGAAACAACUUAGACUUUGUUAUAAAACAAUCUUUAUUGUCCUUUCGAAGGUCGUUUUAGGAGAAAAAUUGCUAAGAAGAAAGAACAUAGUCUUCCUUAGGAAUUGUUCCUUCCAAACCUUCAGCAAAGAAACUGAAGCAUAAAUAGAUUGUGCCAGUGGAAACACGGUUUGAAUAAUGAAUACCUAUCGUUGAAGAAAGAAUUAAUGGAAGUUGACAUCACACUGAGCUGUUCUGAAUAUCAUUUUACAAAGCAGGUCAAAAUAAAGUAUAAAAGCUGACAGGGCUGCACUUAGCGUUACGCACAGUGAGAAAUCCAUUUGGAAAUUAUUCUUUGUUCGACUUUCAGAAAUGAUUUGGGUCUACUUGGCUGAACCAAUCCAAAAUGUUCCUUUUCUUAAAGGUGACACUAUUUAUAACCAA